GCGGAUCGCUUGCUUGCAAAUUUCGGGAGGGUGAGCAAUCGCUUCAGCAGGCUGCUUGCUAUCUUUGUUCCACGGAUGACAAUAUUUGUGCUGAGACCACAUCCUUUGGGAGGGACUUUAAUGUAUCUUCAUCUCUUCUUCUCCAGAAGAUCCAUUGCGCCAUACUAACAACGAUACAUCAGCUACCACGACUGACAAUAACCACAAAUCUGCCUCUUUAAUCACCGCAAGUCACGUCCCAAGCAAUCACAAUGUGUUAUCAAGUCAUCCGAUUAUUUGAAUGUGGUCACCACAGCCCUUCGAUAGACGUUCCAUGCAAUCAGCCUUCUAAAAACUGCGGUGGUGUCUUCCUGAGACAGGAGAUUGAAGAUACGAAAGGACUAUGCGAGGUGAAUAGUAUUCGAUUUUUUGCCCUACCAUGAUCUAACAUGAUACUAGCGGUGUCAAGAGGCUACGGAGAUGAGAAAAACAGUGGCGGAGCCGGAAGAUGAGGGAUAUUGGUCGUGACUCGGUUCUGGACUGUGGAGAAUAAAGUCGUCGCCGCAAACACUACGUGGGAGAUUGGAUGGGCCGCCACAAAAGUUUAGAGAUUGGAAACUCCUGUCGUGAUCUUGAAAUACUCAACUCAACUCACUCAAUAUCAAAUACCACUACACUUCCUAGCAUGACAUUUCAUCAUGGCCCUAAGUGGCUCUGCUCAAUUCCCAUAAU